AUGAAUGGAUUUAGAAAACUAUUUCUAUUAUUAUUUUUAAUUAUCAAUAUUAUUAUUAAAAUAAAAAUUACAAAUAGUUUAACAGGAUGUGAAUUAUUAUCACUAGAUCUAUGUCUAUCAGCAUAUCCAAUGUGUAUGGCAUUAAUAUUAACAAGUUGUUGUCCUGGUCAAUCCCCACUAUGCUUAGAAGUUGAUACUGUUAUUAAUUAUCUAACAAAUAAAAAACAAAAUAUUCAAAAUUGUCUUAGAAAUUUAAAUAAUGGAAUUUUAUAUGAAUUAUGGGGUGAUAUGGAUGAAAUUCCUGGUUAUGAAAUAAUACCAAUACCAAAUAUAACUUGUUUAAAUUUAGGUUGUGAAAAUAAAGGAUUUAGUUGUAAAUAUCAAAGUGUUGCAAGUUGUAAAGAUUCUCAAUCAUUAUGUUGUAAACCAAUACCAGUUUGUACCAAUUUUACAAAGAAUUUAAAUGAAGUUAUUAGAUAUGGCACAGAUGAUUGUUUUUUACCAUGCCCUGAUCAAUUCAUUUGUAAAACUAUAAAUGGUGAAAUGACAUGUGUACCAACCAAUUGUAGUUUGAUUCAAUGUCCAUAUGGUACAACAUGUUUACCAUUAACAGGUUUAAAUACAGUUUCAUGUUAUAAAACAAUUGAUAGUGAAUUCCCACCAAAUAAUGAAACAUGUGAAACUGUAGGACCAGAAUUUGUUUGUCCUAAAGAUUUUAUUUGUGGUGAAAGUCCUUAUUCAAAUACAACUUGUGUUCCUAACCCGUUUGAUACAUUGGGUAAUGAUUUCCUUUGUGAAGAAUGUCCACCACAUUGGUUAUGUAGAAAAUUUGGUUUCGAUGGAUUUUGUAUUGAAUUUGAAAAUAAUUUCGAAAGAGAAUUUGAAUGUUUUGGAAGGUUUUGUUUAUCCAUUCAAUUUUGUAAUCAAACUAGUCAACAAUGUGAAUAUGAACGUUGUACAAAUACAACUUGCGUAUCUCAACAACUUUGUCUUCAAAAUAGUCCAACUUCACCAAAACUUUGUAUUGGUACAAAUAUUAUCCCAGUCAUCGAAACUCCAAGAUCAAAUCCACCACAAUCAGAUCCAUUCUUUGAUAAUAAUAAUAAUAAUAAUAAUAAUAAUAAUAAUAAUAAUAAUAAUAAUAAUAAUAAUAAUAAUAAUGAUAAUAAUAAUAAUAAUAAUAAUAAUAAUAAAGUUUAA